CUCAAACAUGAAGAAUACAUUGGUUUUGACUCUUUUGUUUUGCGUCGGUCUUACCGUCUACGCCAAAACAACUCAUAGGCCAGACCAUACCACCCGCCAUGCUCCCGAGCCUGAAGAAUUUGAGUGUGACUCCUGUAUAACAUUUGCAACUGUUAUCAAAAAUUACGUCGAUGAGAGAUUACCACUGGCCGAAGUUGAAAGAGACGCCGAAACACUAUGCAAUGUUUUACCAGGACACUUAGGAGAUUAUUGCGAAGAUGAAUUGCUUCCAAAAGUUGACAGAAUCUACGACUUGCUCCACAAAGAGUCACCUCAGGACGUAUGUGAUCGUUUGGACUUCUGUUAGACAUAUAUUUAAAGUGUAA